GGGUGUCCGGAGCCGUGGGCCGCGGGUGCGGGGAUGCCACGUUGCCGCCCGCACUCUCUCAGACCGUCGGCUUCCUAGCUGGCCUGUUGCUAAGGCCGCCGGAUUCCGUUGCUAGGGGUCCUGGGGAUGCUGAGCACCAAGGACGCGCCGUUCCUUUCCUGGGGUCUGACUUUGGCUAGGAGUAGCCUUCGACGGCCUGAAUUGAAACCGGCCGCCUUUCCCCUCACCCACCACAACCCCCUUAAAAAAAAAAAAAAAAACAAACCUCUGUUUUUCUCCACUUUUUUCCUCCACGCCCUCCUCAUUUUCUAAUUUUGACAGCACCCUCGCCCUGAACUGGUCUUAGGUAUUUGGAAAUCUGUGGUGUUUGAAGGGGAGAGGUAAGAAAAAUGGAAAGCAGAUUUUAAAACCCUUAAUAUUGGCCCUUUAGAUUUACUUUAUGGUAAAAAGGAAUUGAGAUAGGCGGAUAUUAGGCUCUGUCGCUGUCCUUUGGUGUUUGAAGGAGCUUUAAAGAUAGAACACUGUUUCUUUAGUAGGGUGCCUAUUACACUUUUGCAAUUUGCAGACACCGGAUUAGAGAGUAGGAAGAGACGCGGCCUCUGCCCCUGAGAAUUUAGCGAGCGGUUUAGUGCAGUAGUCUCAAAGCUGAGUGCGGGAAGAAAGUACAUAUAGAGAAAGAAAUAGGAUAUGUGAGCUGUCCAAAACAGUGAAAGGGAAGUAUGUUUUCCUAGCAUUGACAUGGAUGCCUAGAGCCCAUUGUAGAUGACCUAAGCAAACCUAAGGGAAAAUGAGGGUUCCACAGUGGGGGGCCCUGCUUGAUUUGUUUGCUCUCUGAUAUUGUGACAUAUUUUAGGUGUUUGGGUAAGUGGAUUUAUGGAUUCUAGUGUCUAUUUAGAAUCUGUAUUAUUUUGUAAAAGAAUGUGGGGUGAACUUGAUAAUAUUUAUGACACAAAAUAGUUCUUACCUUUUUCUCCCACUAUCACCUGUUUAUGCCACCCUUCACAUGUUAUUUAAUGAAAAAGCACUCAAAAACAUAAGAUGAGCAUAAGAUGAAUUAAGCAUUUUCUUUUACAAACAGCUCAUGCUCCUGUUUUGUCGUCAGUGGUAUUCCCCCAGGGGGAUACUAUUUUUAAAAAUUGAGCACACUUAAUGUGUAAUAAGGUAAAGGGUGAUACUUUUAGCAAUAAAUGGAAAAGGAAUUCUUUUGGAGAGAAGUCUCCUGAUAUAGGGUGUUUUGAAAGUGGACAUAGAAAUGUUUGCACCAUUGUUUGUAUGUGUGUGUGUGCGUUGAUGUUGCUGAAAAUUACAUAAGUAUAUUACACUUAAAAAUUGUCCUGUAUACUUAAAACCUUUGGUAGCUCAAUUUUCUAGCGUGUGUAAAAGUUUUUCAAAUGAGGAGUUUCAGUGGCUUUUUGAACUUAUUCAAAAUAUAAUGCAGUACCUUCCCAUUAGUACCUUACAAGAACAACUUUUUGACCUAAAGGAAGAUAGAAAUUUAGUUGUUACUAUGAAAAUUUUUGCAGAAUUAGUGAGUAGUGUUGAAAAGAGUCCAUCAUGAUUUGAUCUGGCCAACUAUGCUCUUUUUAUGUUUGUGGGUAGGCAUCUUUGUGAAGCAACUCUUUUAGCUAUGACAGCAAUUACAAUUUGCGAUCAAAAGAAACUGAACUUAACCGGAUCUUCAAAUCGAUGUAGCCCAAAGUGUUAAACCAAAUUUUUCAAAAAGAAGGAAAUAUAUUUAGUUACCUUAACCCCACUAUUGUUAGUAUACUAAUACUAAAAAAUACUUUGUACCAUUAUAAAGAAAAUGGUAAUAGCUAAAAUUCAUAUAGCACAUACUGUGUGCCAAGCACUUUUCUAAAUGUUUUACGUAUAUUAACCUGUUGGUCUUCAUCAACAUUUACAGUAGUUACUGUAAUUAUCCCCAAAUAUAGAGUUGAGGAAAUUGACACAGAGAUUUUCUUUUUCAAACAGAAACUUAGGUUGUAUUGUUCCCCAUCAGGAACUUCUCAAAAUAGAGACCAAGUACAAUAGUAAAUACUUGUUGAAUAAUCACUGAAGAGCAAUAUUAGGUUGCCAUAUUUAAAGCCUGCCGUAACUUAUUUUAGAAUAUUAUCUGACAAAUUUAAUAAGCUAUUAAUUACCAUGUUUCUAUAAAAAGCAUAGAAUGUGAUGUGUGAUAUUGAGAAGUAAGUCAUCUGCUGGUAGUAAGAUGAGAAAAUUAAGUCAAUGUAUUAAAUCAAGAAAAUUGAAAUUUAAAAUUAUUCUGUGUACAGAAAGAACCUUACAUUUAGUUUAUCUUUACAAGGUACUUUGAUCUGGUCACAUCAUGAUUGAAAUAUUUUUGGUCUGAAUGCUGUUACAUGGAGCUUGUCCUCCUGAUGAUUUCUAAUUUGCCAAGUAGGUUACAAUCAUCUCGUGUGAGGAAUCAUUUAAGAAAGCAUCAGUGUUUAUCCUGAAGAAGAGGAAACUAAGGCGUGUGGAGUCAGUGUCCUCAAAUACUUGAAAAGCUGUCAUUUGGAAGUUGAAGAGGACUUCACCUGUGUUGCCUUAAGGGAAGAUCGUACAGUGUAGUUGAGGGGUAGUGAUAUAUAUAAUGAUUAAAGUCUGAAAGUGGGAAACGCUCUAAUGGAAGAAUAACUGGAUGUCAUGUGAGUAGGGGAAUGGAAUAAUCAAGUAGAAAUAAGAAGAAGGAAGCAGUGCAGAAAAAGAGUGCCGCGGAAGUGUACCUUUGAGAAACAGACAAUCAGGCAAGGCUGCGUGGAACUGAAGAGUGGAGCUAGACCCAGACAUACCACCAGGCACUGGGAGUAAAAGGGAAGCAAUGCAGAAAUCAGAGUGCCGUGGAGGUGUACAGUUGAGAAACAGAGUGACAGGUAACUGUGAUCAAAGGAUAUCAUCAAGCACACAAAUAAAAAAUAGGACUACAUUUCAACGAAGCAAAUCUUCAUCAUCAACCAGUUCACCAGAGUCUACAAGAAAACAUCCUCGACCGAGUGAUAAACUUAACCCUAAAACAAUUAACCCGUUUGGUGAACAGUCACGAGCUCCUUCCGCGUUUGCAGCUAUUUACUCUAAAGGAGGUAUUCCUUGCAGGUUGGUCCAUGGUUCAGUAAAACACAGAUUACAGUGGGAGUGUCCUCCUGAAAAUCUUCCAUUUGAUCCUCUUCUUAUUACUUUAGCUGAGGGUCUGAGAGAGACUAAACAUCCGUACACCUUCGUGUCAAAGGAAGGUUUUAGAGAAUUGCUUUUGGUCCAAGGUGCUGCUGACAAAGCUGUGCCUUUGCUUCCUAGACUGAUUCCUGUGCUAAAGGCAGCUCUGGCCCAUUCGGAUGAUGAAGUGUUUGAAAGAGGAUUGAAUGCUCUGGUGCAGUUAAGUGUUGUUGUUGGUCCUUCUCUAAAUGACCAUCUGAAACACCUGCUCACAAGUGGAAGCCUUAUCAUCAUCAAAGCUAAAAUUCCAACAUACUGCUCCAUAUGCUGUUGAAAAAGAGGCCAGCAAAAAUCUUCUUACUGCCUGGUGACAGAUGUUAAACGCUGACCAUGGGGACCUGUGGAACCUUUUCAGAUUCACUUCAGUUUAUUCUUUUGUAAAUCACAGCCACCAUUCAUUAUUUACUAGUUUAAGAUAAGUAUAUACAAUUCCACUAAAUCAUAGUAAAAGUUAUUCUUCAACAAAAAAGAAUGGUUAAUGAUGGAAAGCUAUUAAAAAAAGUUCUACAAUAGUACAAUUUUGUGGGGUUUAUUUUUCAUAUUUUUGUGGUUUGUGUGAACAACCAUUAUUGGGUUUACAGUAGAUGUGUUUGUAUUUUCUAGUGCCUUUUAUUUAUAAUAUCCCUUUUGCAAUCAGUUUAUAGCUAUACUUAUUUUGAGAUAUUUUGCCAUUUCUUGGGUUUUUUAUUCAUCAAGGCUAUGGAAAUUUAAAUUAGUGGACAAACAUUUGUGAAUUCACUGUUAAUUAUUGUUUGUAAAUAUGUAUUUUAUAAUAUAGAAUGCUUGGGACAAUUUCUUUCCAGAGUAUUCUAGUUUAAGAAUUUUUUUUAAUGUGUAAAUUCUCUAAGUAUGUUGUUUAUUACAACUCAUUAAAACUACCUAAACUUUAGGUGUUAAUUGUAUUAAAGUAAAUGUUAUUUUUGUAUUUCAUAAUCUGAAAA